GAUAAAUAUCUGAAAAAAGAUCAAGAUGUGAGAAAGGAUGAAGAUCUGGAAAAAGAUCAAGAUGUGAGAAAGGAUAAAGAUUUUGAUUAUAUAGAAUAUGAAUAUGAUUGGUUUCUUCCUUAUGAACAAGCUGAUAAAUCUCUUUCUAAUGAAAAGGCUGACAAUAACACGAAAAUUUCAAGUUAUAAGUGUAAAAUAUCAAAAUCUUCAUUCAAAGAGAAUAUAGGAAUAACACUUGAAGAUACCGGUGAUACCUCCGACCCGCUUAUUAUUAGAAAAUAUAUUAUCUAUACAGCUAUAUUAUGGUUAAGGAUGAAAACUAAGUACCAAUUCAAAAUUGAACCUAUAGUAAUGACUGAAGAGCAAAGAAAUGAACUUAG